AAAGUCAGCACACUGAUUUGCCUUUGACAUAUCAAUUUAUGAGGCACUCCUUCCUACUGUGUAAAGUUAUAUAGUACUACUAUAGAGUACAAGUAUUAAUUAAGCAAUGAUAAAAGGAUAUUUAUUUUUUCAACAUUAUUUUCUAGGCAAUGUUCACUCCAAAUGAAUAGUGCUUAAUUUGAUCAUUACAUGAAUUUAUCACAAAUACGUAGGCAUCAUCCUAAAACUUGGUGGAGAAAUGAGCAAUCUAUUUUCUCUUUAUGGUAUGAGAACAAAAUUAUCACUUCCCUUCCAAAUUGUCACCAAGACAAAGAGGACAUUUAAAGAGCAUAGAUUCAUUGAUAUCUUAGCUCCAAAGCCAAAUGUUACCAAGAAUCACCAAAAUUGUCUUCAACUCAUUGAGGACUUUAUUCAAACAGAUUGUAAACAAAAUUAUAAAGACCCAUUGGAAAAAAAACUAUCUUUUUCUGAGCAAAAUUAUAGACACCCAUUGAAUAAAAAACUGUCUUUUUUGAAUUCAAAUGAAGAUUCAAUUUCAUUGCUUUUUAGGUUUCAUACAGAAGGAUCUAAAAUUGGGGUUAGUUUAGUAUCAAAUGCAAUGAGUUUAUGUGCAUCAAGAAGAGAUUUUAGUAUAGGGAUUCAAGUUCAUUGCUUAGUGAUUGUUAAUGGGUUUUUAUCCAAUGUUUAUGUUGGUAGUUCUUUGAUAAGUUUUUAUAGUAAUUUUGGAGGAGUGGUGGAUGCUUACCAAGUGUUUGAUGAAAUGCCUGUGAGAAAUGUUGUGUCUUGGAGUGCUAUAUUAAACGCGUUUGCGCAAGAGAAUGAGUUGGAUAUGUGUUUGAAACUGUAUAAGGGUAUGAAGGGAUUGGGGUUGAAACCUAACGAAUUCACGUUUUCGAGCUUGUUGAGCGCGUGUAUGGGUAACGGGUGUUUUGGUCAUGGUAGGAGUAUUCAUUGCCAAAUAAUUGUUACAGGUUUUGAUUCGUAUAGACACGUUGUGAAUGCCGUUUUGUCGAUGUAUUGUAAAUGUGGGGAAGUAAAGGAUGCUCUUCGCGUUUUUGAAAAUGCGAGGAGCAAGGAUUUGGUGUCGUGGAACUCGAUGAUUUGCGGAUAUGCACAGCAAGGACAUGCAAUUCAAGCUAUCGAACUUUUCGAGGAAAUGAAGAAGCAAAAAGUGAGACCCGAUUCGAUCACCUUCCUUGGAGUGUUAUCUUCUUGCCGCCAUGCAGGUUUUGUUAAAGAAGGCAUGUAUUACUUUAAUUCAAUGGUUGAUUAUGGUGUGAAGCCAGAGCUAGAUCAUUAUUCAUGUAUCGUGGAUCUUCUUGGACGAGCACGGUUAUUAGAAGAGGCUCAGGAGUUUAUCGAGAAGAUGCCAAUUCAACCAAAUGGUGUUAUAUGGGGUUCCUUGCUUAUGUCGUGCAGGCUUCAGGGGAAUUUUCGGUUGGGGAUUGAGGCUGCGGAGAAUAGGCUUGCACUGGAACCGGGUUCCAUGUCUACUCACUUGCAGCUGGUAAAUUUAUACGCGGGGUUAGGAUACUGGGAUCAGGCAGCUAGAGUGCAGAAGUUGAUGAAAGAGAAAGGAAUUAAAAGGGAUCCUGGUUAUAGUUGGAUCGAGAUAAGUAAUCAAGUUUUUUGGUUUACUGCUGAAGACUUAUCGAUGGGACGUAAUAAAUCAAUUGCUAGUUUGGUGGAUAUUUUGGUGGAUCACAUGAGAAGCUUUGGUGUAGAAGAAUUUGAUUUCAGUGAAUAGUAAUGUAGAGUAGAUGUUCAAUUUUGCUUUGAUAUGAGCCAAGAUUCUUCUUGACAUAUAUCAGGGAUAACCAUUUUGACUUUGGACAGCAGCACGAGUGCAAAUAGAUUGUUGAGAAAAUGGACCUUGAGCUUAAUUCUAACUCCAAAAGUUAGCUCAUUAGGCGAAGAUUGCAGAACAAGGUGACUGGCCCUGUGGGUAUUCAAAGUUGAAGGAGUGUCUCCGUGUGACCUAUAGGUCAGGGUUUGAACCGUGAAAGCAGCCACUAAUGGUUGCAUUAGGGUAGGUUGUCUACUUCACACCCCUAGGGUGCAGCCCUUCCCCGGACCUUGCUAACACGGGAUGCUUUGUGCACCAGAGUGCCUUUUUUUUUUUUUUUUUUUUGGUGCGCAAACAGAAAUGCAAAUCGGCGAGCACUAUGUUGUGGGUUUGGCAAAUCUGAUUGGCGGGCAAUGCACUUCUAGUGUUGUUUAUCCUUGUAAGGGGAUUGCUACAAAUGGAUGAUAAGAAUCCUGUUCAGCCAGCAGUGGCAUUUAACAUUUUUCUAAUCUAGAAAGUUAUCAAGUGAGUGUCUUUGCUGAGACUAUUAGGGGAUUUCUGAGUAAUCUAUAAGGAUUUGGAUCGCUGCUAGAUAGCUUGGGCGUAAAACAUGAAGCUUUAGCAAUUGAACAUUAGUCACCAUACUAAGAGAAGAGUAACAAUGGUCUUCAUCAAAGAAAAAAAAAAAAAAGGAAAAAAGAAAAGAGUAACAAUGGUUCUAGUGAGAUUAACCCAAAAAAUUCAGUUCAGAAUGAGCAUUGUCCAAUUGUGUGCUUCGCUUGUUCGUUAGAGCUUUAGUUUUUCUAGAAUGUGCCACCGUCGUUCUAUGAGUUGCGUCAUUCAUAGCCAGCAGGUGGUAAGAAAUAUGAAACUACUUUGGAUGCUACUUGGAUGACUAGUCCAUCAACCUGGAUUAAGCAUGAAGGUCCUAUUUAUCCCUACAAUUCUGUGACCUCUGCAGUCUAAAUAGUUUUUUGAGAAGUGAUAAACAAGUACUAGCAGCUGCAGGCAUUUGUUUUCUCUUCUUGAUGGAGAGCCUCUUUUUCUACAGUCAAGAAAAAAUCAGCCAGUGGAAUAAGAGCUCCCUAAGUUCCAGAAGGAUCAUUAUGUUCUUGAUGCUACGUUGAUAUAUAUAGUUGGUGGUUUAGAAGGUUAGCAGGAUUCAUUGAUGAAACUAGUAUUACUGCACUAGCUUUGCCUUGAAUAAAACAACCUCUUAUUGUGUGUUACCAUGUGAAAUAGAGAAGAUUUGGUGAUACUGAAUCUGUUGAUUGAAAAACAGGAAGGAGAGUACAACUAUUUCUUUGCAAAAAUGAAGAUGAUACAAUCAAGCUACUGCAGGCUCAGUUUGAUCUUCCAGGUCUAGCUUUAAUAAAGGCCAGUGACCAAAUAUGCUCUCCACAAGUCCCAUUUCAUCCCAGCUAUCAGCAGUUGCAGCUUCAGACACUUGCUUCGCAUGGUCAUCUGAUUUCUCAGAGCCGUUUAUGCAGGCAGGUACAGCAUCAUCUCCCCAGCCGCCAGCAAAGUAGGAUACAAACUCCGGUAGCCAGUUGGAUGGAAAUGACUCUCCAUAAGGACCACCAUCGCUGUAGCUUCCAUCAUACCAAGACUGACUGCCACACAAUGAGGGUUCUUGCUUCUGCUAGGAGAAGUGCUAUAAAAAAAUAGGGCAACUAGGUGCACAAAGCAUCCCGGGUUAGCAGGGUCCGGGGAAGGGUCGUAUCCCUAAGUUGUGCUAUAAAUUACCUGAAAAGGAGUGAAAAGAAGGAAGAUAAUCUGCUGGUGCAGAGAGUAUGGUCUUUGGUUCUGAUGCUCACCUAUCCAAUUAUCUAAUACGAAAGUUAAACGUGUUUGGAAUAAUGUUGUAUGUCAACUACGCAUUAAUUCUAAAGUAGUUGGCGCGACUGUAUAACAGUCCGCUCAUUUCAGGCUAUUUUGUCAUAGUAUUAAGAGAAUUCGUAAUAAUUUAGACUAUUCUAUACCAGUUAUUAAUGUACAAGUACUGUUUUCUUUUAUUCAAGUUUGUGAUUUGUUAUGCUGUCACACAGGUGAAGCUGUUUGAAAUAAAAACUGUUGCUAAAGAUA